AUGGCGAUUUGGGACUCAAUCAGCGGCCGCAAGCAGGCCCAAGGAUCCGAGGCUUUCGACCCUUCAACCGCGCAAGAUGCCACAUCCUUCCUCUCCGAAGCUCUCAUACCUGAUCCUACUCAGCUUCAUCCCCUUGCUGGCUUGAACCAAGAUACUCUUGACUAUCUGACCCUCGAAGACUCCACCCUUGACGAAAUCCCGGGGUCGCGAUCGGUAUUGCCAUCCCGUGGAUGGUCGGACGAUCUGUGUUACGGAACUGGAACUACCUAUCUUACUGCGCUGACGAUAGGAGGUGCUUGGGGUCUUGCUGAAGGUCUAAGACGUACACCAGCUACAGCGCCUCCCAAGAUUCGGCUGAACGGUGUUCUCAACUCGAUUACCAGGAGAGGACCGUUCCUCGGAAACUCCGCGGGUGUGGUGGCCAUGGUAUACAACGGGUUCAACUCGGGACUGGGUUACGCACGGGGAAAGCACGACUCAGCCAACAGCAUUGUUGCAGGUGCCCUGAGUGGAAUGCUCUUCAAGAGUACUAGGGGUCUCAAGCCCAUGAUGAUCUCUGGUGGUAUUGUGGCUAGUAUUGCUGGUACCUGGGCUGUCAUCCGACGCGCUUUUCUGUAA